AUGAACAAUUAUUUGAUCUUUCUCGGCACAAAUACUUAUGGAGUUGUUCCUAAUGUACCCUAUAAAACUAUAGCUCUUCCAGCCAACUAUGCAUAUAGUGUAAGGCUUGCACCACCGUCCUCUUCGCUUUCUUCACCUACGUUUGGGACGUCUGUUCAAGGGAAAGAUAAAUCAAAAAAUCAUGGAUACGGAUUUGCUGUUGCUUUAUAUGAUCCAACUGCCGAUAAAACUUCCCUAGAUACGGAAUGUGGAGCUAAUGGUUACAUUUGUUAUGCUGUUGACAGUCUUGCCAAAGGACCUAGCACCAAAAUUUGUGUCGUCAUUGUCAACCCUACGUCUAACGACUUGAUUCUUAAUGUCGUUGCCACCUUCACCGCCGAGAGCCCUUUCAUCUCCAACGAUCUCAAUUCAAAUCCAAGCUUCUCCAAUUUUGCGGUCUCAGAUACCCCCCUUAACGAAACAAUAACUAUCGACUAUAAGAGCUAUAUUACAACUGCUCAAUUGAGCAAAAGAUAUUAUAGAGAUUAA